UGAAGAAGGGCGUGCUGGGUGUAUCAAACUCGGGGGCGUCCCGUUCGAACUCUUUAAGCGAUGGCCGUCAUCAAACCUUCAAAAUUUCCCUCACUUUCUUAGCUUUUCCCUCUCUUUCUCUCGCUUCAGGGGACAGAGGAGCAGAGUGACGAGGAAUCGAUCUCCAAGACUGACGCGAUUGAUUUUUCUCUCAUAAAGGAUCCUUUUUAAUGUUUGAUUGAGGCAGUGAGAAAUGAUUGGCAGAGGACUUGUAGGAUAUGGCUGUAGACAGAGUUGAAUGCUGGAAAGGAUUUAGUCGGAGGCUCACAAGUAGUAGGAAUUAGGACUUUGUUGGAUUGGGCAUUGUUUCUAUCAUUACUGAUGGAAAAUCAAAGUCCCACAGAUCAUAUGGAGCAAAAUAGGAUGCUUCCACCACCAUCAGGAACAUUUCAAGAUCGCGAAGACCUUAUCAGACAUGUUCGUGACUUUGGCGCUAGCCAAGGAUAUGUGGUUACUAUAAAAAAGUCUAGAAAGGACAGAAGAGUCAUACUUGGUUGUGAUAGAGGAGGUGUUUAUCGCAACAGGCGUAAGAUUGAAGAAAGUAAGCGCAAAAGAAAAGCAUGUUCACGACUUAUAAAUUGUCCUUUUGAAGCCAUAGGUAAAAAGGAAGAUGAUGUGUGGGUUCUUACAAUAAAAAAUGGGGAACACAACCAUGAACCAUUGAGGGACAUGUCAGAACAUCCUUAUAGUCGUCGUUUUACUGAGGAAGAGGUCAGGCAAAUCAAACUAAUGACAGAAGCUGGUAUAAAGCCACGCCAAGUGCUUAAAGCUCUCAAGAAAAAUAAUCCAGAGCUCCAGUCAACACCAAGGCAUUUGUACAAUCUCAAAGCUAAGAUUCGUCAGGGAAAUUUAUCAGAAAAAAGUUUUAAGUCUUGGAGGCCUAAUAGGUCUGUUCCUGUAAACUCUACAGGUGCUGCUGAGGCAUCAUCAAUGAACAGCCAACCGCUUAAGGUUCCCAAUCUUAUUAGUGGGAAAUUUGUGGAGUCACAAUCCUGUGCAAUCAUUGAUGUCAUAAACCCUGCAACGCAAGAAGUUGUUUCUCAAGUUCCUUUAACUACCUAUGAAGAGUUUAAAGCUGCAGUAAGGGCGGCCAAGCAAGCUUUUCCUUCUUGGAGGAAUACUCCUGUUACAACUCGUCAGCGCAUCAUGUUUAAACUGCAGGAGCUUAUUCUUAGGGACAUUGAUAAGCUUGCCAUGAAUAUAACCAUCGAACAGGGGAAGACAUUGAAAGGUGCCCAAGGUGAUGUGCUCCGUGGUUUAGAGGUGGUUGAACAUGCUUGUGGAAUGGCGACUCUGCAAACGGGAGAGUUUGUGCCUAAUGCAUCAAAUGGAAUUGAUACUUAUUGCAUCAGGGAACCUCUUGGUGUUUGUGCUGGGAUAUGCCCCUUUAACUUUCCCGCUAUGAUUUCCUUGUGGAUGUUCCCAAUUGCUGUUACAUGUGGCAAUACCUUUGUUCUGAAGCCAUCUGAGAAAAAUCCAGGGGCUUCAAUGAUACUUGCAGCACUUGCAAUGGAGGCGGGUUUGCCAGAUGGUGUCCUAAAUAUUGUUCAUGGAACCAAUGACAUGGUCAAUCAUAUUUGUGAUGAUGAUGACAUAAAAGCUAUAUCAUUUGUUGGUUCAAAUACAGCUGGUAUGCACAUAUAUGCUCAGGCAGCGGCCAGAGGGAAACGUGUCCAGUCCAACAUGGGCGCCAAAAAUCAUGUGAUUAUCAUGCCAGAUGCAAGCAUGGAUGCUACUUUGAAUGCCUUGGUUUCUGCAGGUUUUGGUGCUGCCGGACAGAGGUGCAUGGCUCUCAGCAUGGCUGUUUUUGUUGGAGGCACAGUGCCAUGGGAAGAAGAACUUGUGGAGCAUGCUAAAGCAGUUAAAGUAAGUGCAGGAACAGAGCCUAGUGCGGAUCUUGGUCCAGUAAUUAGCAAAGAGGCUAAGGAUCAGUUAGGAAGAUUAGUUCAGAGCGCAGUUGAAAAUGGUGCUAGACUGGUUCUUGAUGGCAGAAAUAUUGUGGUUCCAGGAUAUGAGAACGGAAACUUUGUUGGCCCUACCAUCUUAUGUGAUGUUACAACCAGCAUGGAGUGCUACAAGGAAGAAAUUUUUGGACCAGUUCUCCUUUGUAUGCAGGCUGACAGCCUCAAUGAAGCCAUAACCAUUAUUAAUAGAGACAAGCAUGUUAAUGGAGCUUCGAUAUUUACCACAUCUGGAGUUGCUGCAAGGAAGUUCCAGAAUGAAGUUGAGGCUGAGCUGGUUGGAAUUAAUGUUCCUGUCCCUGUUCCUGUCCCACUUCCAUUUUCCUCAUUUGAUGGGCCCAGGACUUCGUUUGCAGGAGAUCUUAAUUUCUGCGGAAAGGCAGGUGUACAAUUUUACACUCAGAUUAAAACAGUUGCACAACAAUGGAAGGAUGUACCGAAUGGGGGAGUUUUGUUACAUGUACCUCCAACAACGGAGACGGAUACAACAAGUCGAGGGGUGUCCAUACCUCUGCCUUCAACUUCCGAGAGUGAUUUACCAAGCAGAGAAGUGUCACCAGCGGUGCAGGCCCAACCUGAGGAUGUACCAGGUUGCAGAUUGUCUCUACCCAUACCUCCAACAUCUGAGAUGGAUGUGCCAAACCAAGGAGCAUCUGUGCGUACAUCUGAUAGUGAUUUGCCAACUCAGAGUGUAUCACCAGUCGUUCUUCCAUCUGAAAGGGAAUUACCAAACCAGGAGGCGUCACUGCCUAUGCCUGCAGCAAAUGAGAAGGAUUUACGAAGUCAGAGAGUGUCAUUAGUCAUGCCUCAAACAUCUGAGAGGAUCUAUAUGCCUCAAGCACAUCAGUGGAAUGAAACUCCACAUCCGCCUUCACAGAGGACUGAAACUAUUCCUCCAACUUCGGAUAGGGUUUAUGUGUCUCCAGCAUCUCAGAGGACUGAUCAUAUGGUUUCAUCAUCUCAGAGGACUGAGCAUAUGGUUCCAUCAUCGCAGAGGACUGAUACUGCGAUAACCUCAACAUCUGAGCGGACGUAUAUGCCUCCAGCAUCUCAGAGGACAGAUGCUGCAAUGACUUCAACCUCAGAGCGCAUAUACAUGCCUCUGGCAUCUAUGAGGAGCGAUACCAUGAGUAUGAUGUCACAAAGGAGUGAUGCCAUCAUACAUCAGAGUUCAGAGAGAAUGUACAUACCCGCAGCACCUCACAGGAAUGACAAUCUUGGCCAAACAUCUCAAAGGACUGAUGGUAUCAUGCGCCCUUCUGAGAGGGUAUACAUCCCUGCUCCGCCUCACAGGAGUGAUGGUGUGUGUCCAACAAUACAAAGGGCAGACAUGGCCAUGCACCUAACUUCCGAGAGACUAUACAUGCCUACGACUUCACAUAGGAAUGACGGUAUGGCUCUUGCUUCUCAGAGGCCUGAUGCCAUGCCAAAUGCAGAGAGGCUGUACAUGCCAGCUAUGGUCAAGAGAAAUGAGGGUAUGCCCUUAACAGCCGAGAGGUUAUACAUGCCUGCAACAUCCCAGAGGAUGUAUACGCAAAACCCAAUGAUUUCUAUGGACGACUAUCCUAGUCAGGGAGUGUCAAUGACACUGCCAACAUCUCAGAGAUUAUAGGGUCAAUUUAUUCUUUUCUUUUUAGGUAUCCAAUAGGCAAAGUGAACAAUAAUUUUUUUUUUUCAAUAUAAAUGCCCAUAUUUUUUUUUUUCUUUUUGC